AUGACUAGAAAGAAAGUCACUCUGGCGUACAUCGCCAACGACGCCGCGAGGAAAGCCACUUUCAAGAAGAGGAAGAAGGGCCUGAUGAAGAAGGUGAGCGAACUGAGCACGCUGUGUGGGAUCGAGGCGUGCGCCAUUGUCUACAGCCCGUACCAGGCCGAGCCGGAGGUGUGGCCAUCCACGCUGGGGGCUCGUCGGGCCAUUGCAAGGUUCAAGAACAUGUCGGAGAUGGACCAGAGCAAACGGAUGGUGAACCAGCAAGGGUUCAUCCGGCAGAGGAUCGUGAAGGCCGAGGAGCAGCUGAAGAAGCAGCUGCGCGAGAACCGGGAGAAGGAGAUCGGGCAGGUGAUGUACCGGGCCCUCGUCGGGGAGGGACUCCAGGGCCUGACCAUCGUGGAUUUGAACGACCUGGGGUGGAUGCUGGACAAGACCGGGAAGGAGAUUGAGGAGAGGAUCAAGAAGCUGAAGAAGUCGGCACCAGGCUCGGAGCAGGCUGCGCCAGUGGAGCUGCAGGCAGAUAAGUCCUCGGAAGAGGACAACGGCGAGGCGGCUCCGAAGAGCAACGCCGCCUUCAAUGAUGUCGUGGCCGCAGAGGCCAUGCAGAACCAGCCUUGGUACAUGGACCUGCUGAAGCCGCGCAACGAGGGCAACGCCAUGAGUCUCGGUAGGAACGACCUGAUGCCGUCGUACCCGUACAAAAACCCUACUCCUCCAUGGUCAAACUUCUACUUCCCAUGA